CGGACGAGCACGGCCUUUGAACAGGAGCAAAGGUGUGCCCCAGUUUCACUGCAGUCAUGACUGAGGCCUUUGACAAAGCGGUAGAGGAGGUGAAGGUUCUGAAGCAGAAACCGAACCAGCAAGAAAUGGGCGAUCUGUACGGCUUAUAUAAGCAAGCUACAGUCGGUGAUAUUAACACAGAGCGUCCAGGGUUCCUUGACUUUACAGGAAAAGCAAAGUGGGAUGCAUGGAAUGCAAGGAAAGGUCUGUCCAAAGAGGAAGCAAUGGCCAAAUAUGUUGCUUUGGUGGAGGAACUCAAGGAGAAAUGCGGAAUCUAGAGUGUGUGUGUGUUUCAUCAUUGUGUGCAUUCAGAUGGUUGAAAGAGAUAAGCCAUCCUUACUGGAACCUUAUUUGUUCUUGUUGGCAACAAAAUGGGACUGGAAGGGCUCUCGUUUCUGUUUUAUGAGUUCUACUGAACCAGUGAGCGGGCUUUGGUUAAAUGCACGUAAACCAUCCUUUUU